AUGAUACCCGGCCAGAAAUUUGACUAAGUUCAGCUUCACAAGCGCCAUGCACCACCCCCUUUUCACAUUUCUGUUUUAAAUUUCGGCUUUUGAUCACAUCAUAUACUUCUAUAUAUAUCGACCCCAUCUCCCCAGUUCCUUGUAAACAUAUACGAUGGGCAACAUGAAAUUCUCAGUGUUUGUUCUUCUCCUUGUUUGCGGUGUAGUUCUGCUGGGGGAGACUUCCAAAAGCUUUGGCGCCAAAGCUUGCCCGCUUUACUGCUUGGAUGUGGAUUAUAUGACUUGUGUUUCAUCAGGCGAAGAGAAGCUCACGGCUCCAUGCAACUGCUGCCUGGCUCCAAAGCAGUGCACCCUUCAUCUUGUAGAUGGAUCUGAAGUGCAAUGCGACUGAAACUCAGAAUUAAUCAUCUAGAUUAUGAUCUAUAAAUAUGUAUGUGUGCUACUGUAGCUUCCGUGAUCAACUAUGAUGAAAGCUAGUUGAUCUGUUUAAAAAAUGUCGAAUAAAUGGAGUGAUUACUCAUCACAAACAGCAUCAAAUCUAUCUGCAGCUUUGGGUUGUUUUCAUGAAGAAAAGUUUGGUUGAGGCCGGUUUUUUGUGAUAUUAGCUGUAGAAAACUGAGUAGUCACAAAUUGUUCUCUAUCAAUUGGAACUCAAGACUUUGAGAAAAUUUCUUCUAUUGGAUCAUACAAAGCCUUAGGACAAGUAUGAUGCUGAAAUUGUCUUGGAAAAAUAUCAUAAUCUUUUCAUUUAGUACAAUUGUGAAUAACAAGUUCUGUGUUCUCUCUUAAA